ACAGGAGUGGGCACUGCUAGGGAAGCAGCUAGCUAUUAUUUCCCUUUAAAAAAAACAACCAAAAAAAAAAAAACAUCGGAUUUUCAUAGACUUCUCUGGGCGUCAUGAGAGACUGGACGUGUUCCGACUUUCAGCUGUGACCAAGCGGAUGCAUGAAGCAGGAGAAUGAGCGACAGACGAUGCUACCAUAUGUCCCCGAUGCCCAGCUUGACAUAUACACCGGCUGACUAACUGCUAUCUGAGGGAGACCCGCUUGGUUUACUAGAGAGGACCAUGGCUGCUGUAAGUGGUGGAAACACGCUCGGAGGGGCGGCUGUAGCCGGGGUUUCUGCGGCCAACACCUCGGCGACAUCCUCCAGCCCUCCGCCGGGGACCGAUACCCGGGGCUGCGAGAACGGCGCCCUGAUGGACUCCUUUGGGAUUUUCCUCCAGGGCCUCCUGGCGGUGAUGGCUUUCAGCACCCUCAUGUUGAAACGCUUCAGGGAGCCCAAACAUGAAAGGAGACCCUGGAAGAUCUGGUUCCUGGACACUUCAAAACAAGCAAUCGGGAUGCUCUUCAUCCACUUUGCAAAUGUCUAUUUGUCAGACCUUACAGAGGAGGAUCCCUGCUCAUUAUACCUCAUUAACUUCUUGUUGGAUGCAUCUCUGGGCAUGUUGCUCAUAUAUGCAGGAGUAAAGGCUGUCAGUGCUAUAGUUGAAUGGAGGCAGUGGGAUUCUCUGCGUUUUGGAGAAUACGGAGAGCCAGUCCAGUGCACUGCGUGGUUGGGCCAAUGUAUCCUCUACAUCCUCAUUGUGAUGUUUGAGAAAGUUCUUAUGAUGUUAGUCCUUCUAAUCCCCCAGUGGAAGAAGCUGGCUCUACUCAAUCCCAUACAGAAUCCUGAUCUGGAACUGGCCAUUGUUAUGCUCAUUGUUCCAUUCUUCGUCAAUGCCCUUAUGUUUUGGGUGGUAGAUAAUUUCCUAAUGAAGAAGCACAGGACAAAAGCAAAGCUUGAGGAGAGAGAGGAGGACUCGCGUGGGAACAGCAAGGUUCGGUACCGACGAGCACUGUCACAUGAUGACUCAGAGUCGGAGAUCCUUUUCUCAGCAGAUGAUGAGAUGGAUGAGUCAGACGAAGACGAUGUCCGUCGACUCCCUGGUCUGAAAAUGGUGAAAAAGAAAAAGCUUCGAAUGGGGAUUCCUUCCGGCGAGGUGAAAAAGAAGAAGCGUCCACCGAUAAAGGAGGAGGACCUGAAAGGAGCUCGCAGUAAACUUGGCCUGAAGGGCGAGGUCAAAAGUAAAACCUAUGAGGUCAUGGUGGAGUGUGAGCGUAUGGGGAAGGUGGCUCCAUCUGUGUUCAGUGGCGUAAGGUCAGGAACAGAGACGGUUCUCUCCAAACCUGCUGCUCCCAAAGAUCCUUCAGCCAGUGUGUUCAGCAAGUAGCCCCAGAAGUUAAGAAGCAGCAUUUAAAAAAAGAGCCACCACUGCAGUCUUUUCUUUCAUCUUAUUUGUGAAGAUGGAGGAAGCUAGUUUUGUUCAAAUGAUGUAUUUUGAUAUAAAUGUUAAGGCUUUAUUAUUGUUGUUUUUGUAUAAGCCUAUCUGUAUAAAUAAAUAGUUUUUCCUGUGUUAGAAAGCAGUGAGGAUUCAUUGAUUUUCCAUGGAAGAUGUUGCUGCUGUGUAUGAUGGGCUGUGCACUAUUGUGCUCAUUGUUUGGGGUGGGUUUCUGUUAGGCAUGUGCCAGUGUUAUAUUCCCACCCUAAAAACCAGUUAAAAAACAAUGGUAUCUUGGUUUCACCUAAAUAAUACAAAAAUGUUUCAUUAAAAUUUCUAACAUUAUCUAAAAAUAGGAUUGUAUUACCUAUAAGGUGACAUGGCAUGUUGAUUAUUGUAGUUAUAUAAUAACUUGUAAGACAUAUUAAAUUUUGCUCCUAUGAAGUCACACUGGGGGUCCAACAUUAUUAAUAAGGUGAGCUAUCUGUUUAGGUAGCCAGCUUGCAGUCAACAGACACGUCAUGCAUUGUUUUCCAACUGUCUUAAUAAAACAGCAUUAUUACCUUAAGUGUGGGGUAUGAAAUUUCU